UGGUUGCCAUAGAGACCGGAGAGCGCUGGACCCGAGCGCUCUGGGGUGAGCGGCUGUGACCGGUGGCUACUGAGGACCAUGUCUUUCCGCGACCUCCGCAACUUCACCGAGAUGAUGAGAGCCCUGGGUUACCCUCGACAUAUUUCUAUGGAAAAUUUCCGCACACCCAAUUUUGGGCUUGUAUCCGAAGUGCUUCUCUGGCUUGUGAAAAGGUAUGAACCUCAGACUGACAUUCCUUCUGAUGUUGAGACCGAACAAGACCGAGUUUUCUUCAUUAAGGCAAUUGCCCAGUUCAUGGCCACCAAGGCACAUAUAAAACUCAAUACUAAGAAGCUUUAUCAAGCAGAUGGGUACGCAGUGAAAGAACUAUUGAAGAUCACAUCUGUCCUUUACAAUGCUAUGAAGACCAAAGGGAUGGAGGGCUCUAAGAUCGGAGAGGAAGAUAUCAGCAAAUUCAAAUUUGAUCUCGGCUCGAAGAUCACAGAUUUGAAAGCAGCCAGGCAGCUUGCAUCUGAAAUCACCUCCAAAGGAGCAUCUCUGUAUGACUUGCUGGGCAAGGAGGUAGAGUUGAGGGAAAUGAGAACAGAAGCCAUUGGCAGACCUCUGGAAAUAAAUGAGACUGAAAAAGUGAUGAGAGUUGCAAUCAAAGAGAUUUUGGCGCAGGUUCAGAAGACUAAAGACCUGCUCAAUAAUGUGGCCUCUGAUGAAGCUAAUUUAGAAGCUAAAAUUGAGAAGAGAAAAUUAGAACUGGAAAGAAAUCGGAAGCGACUGCAGACUCUGCAGAGUGUCAGGCCAGCCUUUAUGGAUGAGUAUGAGAAGAUUGAAGAAGAAUUGCAGAAGCAGUAUGAUAUUUAUCUAGAGAAAUUUCGAAAUUUGACUUACCUGGAACAACAACUUGAGGACCAUCACAGGAUGGAGCAGGAGAGGUUUGAGGAGGCUGAAAAUACUCUCCGUCUGAUGCAGAACAAGCUAAAGGAAGAAGAAAAGCGACUGCUCAAGAGUGGAAGUAAUGAUGGCUCAGACAUAGACAUCCAGGAUGAUGACGAAUCCAACAGUGAAUUGGAAGAGAGGCGGCUGUCCAAGCCGCGGACAGCCAUGGAAGUACUCAUGCAAGGGAGACCCGGCAAACGAGUCAUGGGCACAAUGCAAGGCGAAGACUCCGAUGAUGAUAUGGAAGCAGCACCAGCUCUCUUAGGUAAAUGCAAGACUUCCAGCUCCAAGAAGCAGGAUGACUCAGAGGACAGUGAAAUUGACAUGGAAGACGAUGAGGAAGAUGAUGAUGAUUUAGAAGACGAGAGCAUUGUGCUCUCACCAGCUAAGCCUAGUCGAAGAGUCCGGAAACCUGAACCCCUGGAUGAGAGUGACAAUGACUUCUGACCCUCUUGCCAAGGGACCCAUGCAGAUUAAAACCCUCAGAUUUGUAGGUAAAUGGGAAAAACGAAGGUUAGGAAGGUAACAUACAUUUUGUUCACUCAGCCAGAUGGACUCAUUGUUACUCUGAAGCAACACUUAUUUCUGCUUUGGCCUCCUAUGCUUGUUUCCCGUGAAGCUUAAAUAAGAACCAAAGCAAAUGCCUAA